CACUCCCUCGUGAUUCAAUGUCAGCGCUCAUGGACCCAAUUUAAAUCAUUUAUCAUUGUUCUCGAUCCCAUGAUAUAUUUUCCCCAUUGACAAUCCAUCUUGACUUUCUGUUUCCUUGAAUAAGCCGUUGUUUACAGCAUCAGCGCAAAGAUGCUGACUGUCAAACGUGGCAUUGGGAGACUGGUCCCGAAGAGCGUAGACGCUUCUGAGGUCGCCACCCUGAUUAAAGACUUUGACAAUGCCGACAAAAUGUUAGCUAAGAUUGUCGAUGGCUCAAAAGCUUGGAGAGAUGGUUGGAUCGCAAUCUUGACAACACAGUCCAAUCUAGCAAACGAAUUUGAUUCGUUAUACAAUCCAAUUGUUGGUGCAGGAGAUUAUUCAGGACCUGCGCCGGCUCAGACACCGCAGAUUAAUAUCGAUCGGACCAAUAGUCUCAAAGAAGCCUACAAUGAAGUGAAGGCCGAUUUGCUUGAGGAGGUCAAUAAAAUUGACGGCCAAUUGAUUCGUCCUGCGAUGAAUGCCAGAGACUCUCUUCAGCCGAUGAAAAAAACCAUCAAGCGGAGAGAAGAGAAGAAGCUCGACUUUGAGCGGGCGCAAAAUCGUUUCGAGGGGUACAGGAAAAAGACGAGUCGAUCAGAUCGCGAAGUUGCGAAUAUGGCAAAAGCUGAGGAGGAACUUCAUCGGGCUACUGAAGAAUACAAUACAGCAGAUGAUCGUUUGAAAUCGGCCUUGCCGCCUCUUCUGGCCGCUAUUUUCUCCCUUCUACCGGAAUUUUUGGCGUCCCAAGUUAUGACGCAGAAUACACUUUUGGCACAAGUAUACACUGUUCUCCACAAUUACUGUCAACAGCAUGGAUUCCAGUCUCCUCCACCCGGAAUGGAGCAGGUUGUCUCGGCUUGGGAGGAAUCCUUCAAACCGCUUCAAGCUGAGGCAGAAGGAGGCUUGAAGACGCUGGCCAACGGCAAGGCGGUGCAGCAGCCAAUGGAACUUACUCAGCAAUCUCGUGGAGGCAGUCUCACUGGGCUCAAUAUCCGCAAUGGCUUUGCUCAGCGACGGGCGAGCAGUCAAUCCACCACUCAACGUCCAUCACUAUCACCCUCACCAUCAUCUUCCCGUCUCGAUCGUGCUGAAUCACCGCCUCCGCCCCUUCCGGGUGCUAGACCCAGGAUUGGCGGCCUUUCGCCAUCGCGCUCGCCAUCAUAUGGAGGGUCAUCUGCUCCACCGCUCCCGGGCCCCAGACCGAAGAUUGGGUCCUUAUCUCCAUCACCAUCAGCCUCUCACAAUGAUUCGUAUACCCCACCUCUGCCCGGACCCCGGCCCAAAAUUGGAACUCACUCUUCGGCCUCCUCGUCGACGAUGCUUUCCAGGGCCAUCUCUCCAAAGCCAGGCUUCGCUACUCCUUCCAGCGGCGAGUAUUACACCCCUUCAUUAGAACCGACUCAGUCGUCUUCUGCUCAAUCAAAUGAUUACUUCAACCGUGGCCGUAAUCCUUCGUCUUCGGCAACCUCGCCGAUGCCGGCAAAGAAGAAGCCGCCACCACCUCCCCCAAAGAAAAAGCCAACGUUCAAUUACGUCGUUGCCAUAUACGAUUUUACGGGCCAAAACAAAGGGGAUUUGUCCUUUCAAGAAGGCGAUCGCAUUCGCGUGAUCAAAGAGACAUCAGACGCUGGUUGGUUUCAGGGAGAAUUGCGGGGCGUGACGGGAACAUACCCGGGCAAUUACUGCCAACCUGCAUGAAAAUGAAAGAGCAGCAUAACACCUUGUCGGACACAACGCUAUAGAAUUGCAUAAUAAAAAGUUUGAUUGCACACUAAUUUAUGAUUCCACCU